CAGGGCUGGGCGUGGUGGGCUGGCGGCAACUGGAUGGCGAAGCACCCCACGUUCACAGAAAUGAUGUCACUUGAUAUAUCUGACAGUGCCCAAAUAUAUGCUGCAUUUGUGGUGUAUCUGGACCUCUUAGAAGGGAGAAACUGGCAUGAAGUGAAGCACGUUGGAGUAGCAGAAUUGCAGCUGGUGUGCUUACAUGCACGUGAAAAAGAGCAAGACAGUUUCCAAGUGAUGGUGCCGGUACCUGUGCACAUGUCCUUGAGCCAUGAGAGGAUCAGAGAAAUCCUGAGGAAGGCGUCCCUCCCCCAGGACGACCCCGACACCCCGCUGUCAGUUACUUUGGCCAUAGUUGAGUCAGAUUCCACAACAGUCUACUACAAAGUGACUGAUGGCUUUGUACUACCAGACCCUCCUGACGACACCGAAGAGGCCAACAAUAAACAGUGGAGGAAGAAAAGAAAGAAGCUUUUCAAAUGAUCGAAGCAAAUGGACUUCUCUUGAACUGCUGUCCUCAAACCUAAGCAAACCCAGGAGAGGAGAUAAGGGCUGUGCUGAAGGCUGCCCUCUGUACCUCGAGCUUCUGUUCAGGGAGUGCAGCUGUACUGUAAUGUAAUGCCAUUUAAAGUCUGCCAUGGGUCACACUU